AUGCCACCAAGAACAAAACCACCCAUCAAGAGGAGGCCGGCGAGUCAAUCCGGAAAAGGGAAAGAGGCGACGCCACCUACACCACCACCCGACCUUGCAAAUCAAUUUGGUGUGCCAUUCUCGAUCUACUCGAAGAAGAAGGACUCCAUGGUUAAUUUGAGCAAAAAGGUAGGAUGGGAGAAUUUCAUUACUUGUGACCUUGCAACUUGUGAAGAGUUAACUUGGGAAUUUUACACCACCUUGUGUUAUGAUAUUAAAAAUUUGACAUCUCUUCGGUUUAGGGCAAUGGGAAUGGGUUACAUUGUGACUACUUUAGCAACCCAUUUUUGCAUUAAUGUUUACGGCUCGACCCCGUUUGUCAAAGAGUUUUUUCAAGAAGAUCAAUUGAGGAGAGCGAAAAUCCUUUACGUUGGUGCUUUUGGUCUCCGGGACCACUUAUACUCGUACUUGUUUCGGGAAUUGAAAUGGUAUCCCACACUUAUCUUCAACGAGUUACGAACUCCGAGUAACGAUGUGGAAAAUGACCCCGAGGUCGAAGGGUGGAGAAUUGUCCUUACAAAGAUGGAGGAGACAAAUGCAAUCUAUGACACGAGAAUGAUCGCCAUGAAAACUCAAAUCCAAAACUUGGCCAAGUUUCAACGAUAUCAUAAUAAAAAAAAUGCUCAAGUUCUUUGA